AACAAUCUCUAAACUCUAUGCAACAAGAUCCAUUACACUGAAUCGCUUCAAGAUCCAGUGGAGCAGCAAAGAAUCUCUUUCUCUCUCUCUCUCGUGGUUGCGUGGAGCUGAGAGUCAUGGCUCCUCCAGCUCAAUCUCAGCGAUCUCCUUCACCUUCUCAACCCUCCGGAAAAGGGGAAGUUUCAGAUCUGAAAUUGCAACUCCGGCAGCUUGCAGGGAGCCGGGCCCCAGGGACAGAUGACUCGAAGCGAGAGCUCUUUAAGAAGGUGAUCUCACAUAUGACUGUCGGGGUCGAUGUGUCAUCAGUGUUUAGUGAAAUGGUGAUGUGCUCGGCAACAUCGGACAUUGUUCUCAAGAAAAUGUGUUACUUGUAUGUUGGGAAUUAUGCGAAGCACAAUCCUGAACUUGCUCUGUUAACGAUUAACUUUCUUCAGAGGGAUUGUAAAGAUGAGGACCCAAUGAUUCGGGGGCUGGCAUUGAGGAGUCUGUGCUCACUUCGUGUAGCCAAUUUGGUGGAAUACUUGGUGGAUCCAUUGCGAUCAGGGUUGAAAGAUGGAAGUAAUUAUGUGAAAAUGAUUGCUGUGGUUGGGGUUUUGAAGUUGUAUCACAUAUCUGCAUCAACUUGUGUGGAUGAGGAUUUCCCUGGAACGCUUAAGCAUUUGAUGCUUAAUGACCCAGAUGCUCAGGUAGUUGCAAACUGUUUAUCUUCCCUUCAAGAAAUUUGGAGCUUAGAGGCAAGUAAAUCCGAAGAAGCAUCCAUAGAAAAAGAAGCCUUGCUAGGCAAAGAAAUUAUAUAUUACCUUUUGAAUCGGAUCAAGGAAUAUAGUGAAUGGUCGCAAUGUGUAGUUCUUGAAUUGGUUGCUAAAUACAUACCCUCCGAUAGCAAUGAGGUCUUUGACAUUAUGAAUCUUCUUGAAGAUAGACUUCAACAUGCAAAUGGUGCUGUUGUCCUAGCAACCAUUAAAGUGUUCCUACAGUUGACAUUGUCUAUGACUGAUGUCCAUCAGCAGGUAUAUGAACGUAUCAAAGCCCCUCUGCUCACACUAGUGAGCUCAGGCAGUCCAGAGCAAUCAUAUGCUAUAUUAAGCCAUCUGCAUCUUUUGGUGAUGCGUGCACCUUUCAUUUUUUCUUUGGACUACAAACACUUCUAUUGCCAGUACAAUGAACCCUUUUAUGUUAAGAAAUUGAAGCUUGAAAUGUUGACAGCCGUGGCAAAUGAGAGCAAUACUUAUGAAAUAGUGACAGAACUAUGUGAAUAUGCUGCCAAUGUUGAUAUUCCCAUGGCACGGGAAUCCAUUCGGGCCGUUGGGAAAAUAGCACUGCAGCAGUAUGAUGUAAAUGCCAUUGUUGAUAGGCUCCUUCAGUUUCUGGAGAUGGAAAAGGACUAUGUGACUGCUGAAACUCUGGUGCUUGUGAAAGAUCUCCUAAGAAAAUAUCCGCAAUGGAGUCACGAUUGUAUAGCAGUUGUUGGGAACAUCAGCAGCAAAAAUGUUCAAGAACCCAAAGCCAAGGCAGCUCUUAUAUGGAUGUUAGGGGAGUAUGCUAAAGACAUGCAGGACGCUCCCUACAUAUUAGAAAGUAUGAUUGAGAGCUGGGAUGAAGAACACUCUUCAGAGGUUCGUUUACAUCUUCUUACUGCUGUGAUGAAGUGUUUCUUGAGAAGACCACCAGAGACUCAGAAAGCCUUGGGAGCUGCAUUGGCUGCUGGUAUUUCUGAUUUUCAUCAGGAUGUUCAUGAUCGAGCCCUAUUCUACUAUAGGCUUUUGCAAUACAAUGUAUCCGUAGCAGAACAAGUGGUGGACCCUCCAAAGCAAGCUGUUUCAGUUUUUGCCGACACACAGAGUAGUGAAAUCAAAGAUCGCAUAUUUGAUGAAUUUAACAGUCUCUCUGUUGUAUACCAGAAGCCUUCGUACAUGUUUACCGAUAAGGAACACAGAGGACCAUUUGCUUUCUCAGAAGAACUAGGGAGCUUAUCUAUUGGGGCAGAAUCUGCAGAUAACAUAGUUUCAUCCCAGCGAGUUGAGGCAAAUGACAAGGAUCUGCUUUUGAGCACUUCAGAGAAAGAAGAAUCUAGAGGUCCUACUCAUGGUGGUUCUGCAUACAGUGCUCAUAUACAUGAUGGCUCUGUGCCCCUGGCUGCAUCAGAGACUCAGUCAGAGCUUGUAUCUCUAGACCAAACAUUACCACUAAACGAACCUCCGGCUAGCUUUGCAAUUGAUGAUCUACUUGGUCUUGGAUUGCCAGUUGCACGUAGUUCUGUUCCUUCUCCUCCUCUGAAGCUUAAUUCUAAAGCUGUUCUAGAUCCAAAAAGUUUUCAGCAGAAAUGGCGACAACUGCCAAUAUCCAUAUCACAGGAAGGUUCCAUAAACCCACAAGGAGCAGCUGCAUUGAUGACUCCUCAAGCCCUUCUCAAGCACAUGCAAGGUCAUUCUAUCCACUGCAUCGCUUCAGGUGGUCAAGCUCCAAAUUUUAAGUUCUUCUUUUUCGCGCAAAUGGCAGAGGAAUCAUCAGCUACCUUUCUUGUAGAGUGUAUAGUCAACUCGUCAUCAUGUAAAGCACAAAUAAAGAUCAAAGCUGACGAUCAGAGUACAUCCCAGGCGUUCUCAGCUUUUUUUCAAUCAGCAUUAUCAGAAUUCGGUAUGUCUUAAUCAUUUAAGCACUUGCUAGAGUGUACAAAAUUUAACCUUUUGAAAGAGAACCAGAUACUGUAUGAUGGUUCUGGUUCCACCCCGGUCGCAUAAGGAGUGUCUAAAGACAAUAGUUUUAUUCGAUCCAGUCAGAUUUUUCUUCUUGUGAAACCAUAUUAACUCCUAAUUUAUUAUGUGUGCGCAUAUUUUUGGCCAGUGAACAAUAAAAUUGCACUAUAACAGUGAAUUACUUU